AUGAAAAAGACACUUACUCAUUCAAAGUCAGACUCUCAUCCUACAAAGAAGUCGUUACACUCUCAUGAUGAUCAUCAACAUUCAAUUGACAAACGUUCGAACUCAGAUCUCUCAAACACCUUGUAUUCAGUUGUAUCCACAAAGGAUCAACCUACCCCAUUUCAAAAACUCUGUCAUCCUCUUUUAAAAAAAGAAAGCAGCUCUCUACCAGAUCCUUGCUCCCUUUCAACCACAGCAACAUCACCCUCUCCAUUAAAAUCCAUUUUAAAAACGAGUCAUCAUUCUUCCAGACAUCGAGCCAAAACCCACCCUCCUCUCAAAAUCAAAUUGGACUCCCUAUCCCAUUCAAAUUUUUCAAAUGUUACUGAAGAAUAUACCUCCCAUUCGGAUUCUAUCGAAACAACAAGACCCGAUCCAAUUGGUAGUAGUAGCCUUCUCAAUCCAGGAGAAAACCCUUCUCUACAAACCAACAAUGAGCAUUUUUUUAAGAUCGGAAUUGAGGCUCAAGAAAUAACACUGAACGACCUUAUGAAAGCCUCAAUCAAGGAAGUAGCUGAAGAACCUCAUACUCACUCAGAGUUACAUCCAUUUCAUCCAAGCUCUCUCCAACAAGAUGGAUAUUAUUCAUCUUUUUCUUCUUCUUCAUUUGGUAAUUCUCAGGAAGAAUCCGAUUUAUUAAAAAUGAGUUCUCAUCCUCAUCAACAUUCGCAUCCUCAAGAGCACCGAACAACGAUGCAUCACAACACGCAUACAUCGGGCAGCAGCGGAAUAAGAAAUAAUUCGCCUCCUCAUCAUGGAGUCUCCUCAUCAUCAUCGGAAUCACUUGGAUCGGUUUCUUUGAUUAAUGGAGGAGCACCCGGAUUAUCGUCCAAUGUAAAUUUAUUUAAACGGGAUUCGGGAAGAGCUAUUAGACAUUUUCAAAAUCAAACAACGAAUCAGUUUAUACAACGAACGAUUGCUGCUCAUUUGGAACAAAUUCAAUCGAAUAAAUCCAACGUUCCAUCGGAUAGGGCUUUUUUGGAGGGCAUGGAGUUGGGAAUGCAAUUGAAUGGAUUUUUAAAUAAGCUUACUCGUGAUAGCAAAGAUUAUGUUAAGGAUUUACUGGAUGGUGUUGCAAAUGAAGUCACCCAAAGAAGUUGUUACUCUGGAUGUAAUUAUUGUUCGAAUAAUAGUAACAUGAACACAUCCUACCUCCCAUGUGGAGACGUGUAUGGAAUUGAAAGCUCGGUUCGCAACAUGCUACAAAAUGCUCAAACAGCUGCAUUUUCGACCAACUUUGUUAGAGGCUGUAUGCAGCAAGCAAUCUCAAAAACAGUGCCCAACCAAAACUUGAAUGACUCAGCACAACAAAAUUUGUAA